GGGGCCUGGCAUUUGGCCCUGCACUUGCUGCAGGAGUCCCUGCCCGGGUUCCCUGCUGGCCCAACCUUCGCACCCAUCUCAGAACCUGGGUUCCCAAGGGGGCCGCCUCAAGUGGUUGCCAGGAACCUGAGGCCAUGGCUGCCCCACUUUUGGCUGCACGAUGCUGAUGUCAGAGUGGCCAUUGUGACCCGCGCAACCAAGGCCUCAAAAGGGAAGGCUGGGCUCAGGCCGUGUGUCAGUGCGACCUGACAACGGGAGGAGAAGGCAGGGCAGGGACUCUGCUGCCCAGGGACCAGAGGAGCCCCACAGCUCGGGGCUCUGGGCCUGUGCUGCAGGCUCCCCUGCCUCUCCCUGCCCAGAAUCAGCGGAGGAACAGCCAGAGCAGACUGCGGUGUUCCUUGAGGCGACGACGGGAGGAGAAGGCGGGCAGGAGCAGGGCUCACGCAGGGCUCAGCAGGGAGUAGUGCCCUUGUGGCUCUGGGCCUGUGCUGCAAACUCCCCACCCUCCUCUUUCUCCCACAGAGAGAGAGGACCAGCACCUGGAGGAGACUGUGACGUUUCUGGACAGGGACUCACUGCUGACGGCUGCCAUGUGCGACAGCAAGCAGGAGGGCCCUGGUGCCAGGGAGCCAGUGUGCAUGCUGUGUCGCCGUGCAGAGGCUGACCCGGACAUCUGCGGUGACAAACUGGAGAAGGACGGGCUCUGUGCCCACCUGUACUGCCUGAUCUUUGCCACUCUACUUUUUCGUCAAGAGAACAAGCAUGUUGGACUCAUGGGAUUUCUUCCUCAAGAUAUCCAAAUUGCAGUGCGGCGGGUGGCACAAAAGCGCUGCUGCGUCUGUGGCCUGAGCGGGGCAGCCAUCAUGUGCUGCAUGGAGGGCUGUGACAGAUGGUUCCACCUGCCCUGUGCCAAGGAGGGUGGCUGCAUCACACAGUAUAUUCCAUAUUACAGCUCCUUCUGCCCUGAGCACUGUCCAAAGCAGGAUGUGGAGGCAACUCCAGAGCCGGGCACCGAUUGCCCCAUCUGCAUGGAGCCUGUGGAGGAUAGAAAGACCUUCAGAACCCUGGUGUGCCCAACGUGCAAAAGGGCCUGGUUCCACAGGGACUGCAUCCAGGGACAGGCCAUAAGCGCUGGUCUUUUAUAUUUCCGGUGCCCCCUGUGCAGAGACCAGGAGGCAUUCCUUGUCGAAAUGUUCAUCAUGGGGAUCCGAACCCCCUUCAGACUGCCAACAUGGGAGGACAACAAUGCCUUCGUGGAUCUAAGAGAGAGGCACAGCAGGUGCAAUGCCAGGGAUUGCCUUUACCCGGGAGGCAGGGAGGAGGCAGAGGAAGAGGGGCCCUGGGAACUGCUCCUGUGCUCCUCCUGCGCUGCUGAGGGCACCCACAGGCGCUGCUCCGGCCUGAGAAACAGCGUACAGAGCUGGGAGUGUGACAGCUGUGCUGGUCUUGGAACGGCCUCCAGAGAUGAGCCAGAGCUCAGUGGCCCCCGGCUGGCUAGUCAGUCAGGACGGGAGCCUGCUCACGGCUCCGCAGAAUCUGAGGCCAUCAGCCCCAGCUCCUGUGGCCCAGUGCCAUCAGGGCUGGAUCCCCAGGCUUCAUCCGCAGAGACCAGCAGCAGCAGCAGCCACCAACGCACAGCACGGCAGCAGUCUCUGCCAUCUCCCUCGCUGGACACCAGCAGCCCCAGCACACCAAGGUCAAUGUACAGCAGCACCCCUGAGCCUGAGGACAGCGGCCAUUCCAGACAUGCUGGGCCCGGCCGCAGGCGCACCCGCUCCCGCCAGCAAGGUCGGGCCCCAAAUGGGCCAGUCCGAUCGAGGAGUCGCCGUGAGAGCUGCAGCAGGACAAGACCAAGGACUGAGAGGCCCAGGCAAAGGGAGACACCUUCACAGGCAUCCCCCAGACGCCGCCGCUCCUGCCAGCAGCACCGGGCCCUCAGUCCACCUGUCCGGUCCAGGAGUCGCCGUGACAGCAGCCACAGGACAGCACCAAGGACUGAGAGGCCCAGGCAAAGGGAGACUCCAUCAGGGACAUCGCCCAGACGCAGAAGCUCCCGCCUGCAAGGUCAGGCCCUAAGUCCACCUGUCCAGUCCAGGAGUCGCCGUGACAGCAGCCACAGGACAGCACCAAGGACUGAGAGGCCCAGGCAAAGGGAGACUCCAUCAGGGACAUCGCCCAGACGCAGAAGCUCCCGCCUGCAGCGCCGGGCCUCAAAUCAACCUCUCCGGUCCAGGAGUCCCCAGGACAGGAGCAGGAGGAGAGCAGCAAGUGCUGAAAUGCCCAGGCGCACGGGGACACCAUCAGGGAGGACCCACAGGAGCAACCGCUCCCGCCAGCAGCGUCGGGCCUCAACUGGGACCUCCAACAGCAGCACGUAGCCUCAACUUUUCUUUCUAGUCCAUCAGUUCACUGCCGGAAGUGAAGGUAUUAAGUGAAAAGUCACUUAAAUGAUUAAGAAGGACUCUUCUUCCGGCCUUUUGACUCCAAGCUGAGAUGUUUCCCCACUGCUCACUCUUGAGUGAACCUCUCCUUAAUGGGCUUGGAUACAGUUAGGGAGAUGUUCAGAGCAAGGUGUGUCUUAGGGAAGCUGUCUUUGGAAAGGUCGUGCACUGUUUUGCUAUCCUUGAACAAACUCAUUUCAGUAAAGCCAAAAGAAAGAAGAAAGAAGAGAGCGGGACACUGCCUCAAGUGUCUGAAGAAAUCCAUUACUUUAUUGCUGCUGACUUAAAAGAUUUGUUUGGAGCUUCAAAGAACAAACCAGAAAAGACUGUGGAAAUACCCUGGGACAAAGAGGAUGCACAGGACUCUGCCCCAGAUGACCAUCUGGGACCUUUGCCCAAGAACGACGCAGCUCAGGAGUCGAGCGCGUUCAAGUUUUCCUUCUUUGGAGACACAGAGGAGUUGGGCAUCAAAGAAGGUAACAGCAGAACCCUUCUCACAGUGCCAUUUCUAAGGAAGAGCUUCUGGCAGGCACUGUAGAGCAUUGUGGUGUAAAGAAGGUCAGGACACAGGGGAUUUUCAGCAGUAGAAGUCAGUAAGUAGGCAGAAGCAAUUUGAUCUUCAUUUCUGCUUGCCAAGGCUGUGGUAGAUUAAUGAGCAGUAAGUCAUGCUUGCAUCUCAGGAAUUCUGAAAGGCAUGCUUUGAGAAGGAAAUGGGGUUUUUUGCUGAGUGGUGAAAAGGCUUGUUGUCAUGCCCUGAAUCUCUCAAACAGGGAGAACGGUGACACACCAGUCAUAUCAAGUUUCAGAGAACCCAACAAGAUUUUAAAGGAAAUGUGUGUUAAUGUAGAGGGAGGAGCAAAAUCCUGGAGUUGACCGCAAGAUCCAUGAACAUUCUGCUUGUUACUGAAUUCUAUUCUUGGACCUUUAGAAAAAGGGAACUGAAUGACACAUGAUCGUUGGAAUGUUCUAACUGUAGAUAAAAUGAGGCCUUAUGAAAAGAAGACGAAACAACAUUAAAUCGAGUCACAGUCCUGUAGGAGAGAAAAGAAACCAUGUGAAGUUAUCCAAAAUAUUUUUAAAAAACCAAUGCAAAAAUGCAAAGCAAGGACCCCCCACACUUGUGCUGAAUUCAGAAGGUAUUCAGUGUCUUCUGAAUGCAACGAUACAUUCAUUAGAAUACAGCAGAGAUCCCUAGAACAAAGUGCAAAAUCCUGGAGCAGAGAUGUAGCUCAGAAAAUCUGGCAGGAGCAGAUUCUGUCCUUCCUACAUCUGUCUUCUCCACUAGCCUCGCGGACUCGGAACAAUAAAGCCGGUAAAAGUCACAUGGCAAGAGGAUUCACGUUUCCAAGACGGCAGUUCUGAGGGUGAUGAUGAGCCUGAGACGCGAGAAACUGAAAAGGACCAAGAAAUGCAAGUUUGUUUCUUUACCACGCACAGAAAGUGCUAGAGUUUUCUUCUUCUCCAAAGAUGAUGAACGCCUAAGAGAGAAUUGCCUAAUAGGAAUCUAGACUUUUAGACCUUACCAAAACAUUAGCCACGUGACAGGUUACCUAGACAUUUUGGAUCCUUUCAGAGGGCCCAAAGUUAUUUUGUAGAUCAGUAGAGUUCAGUGAAGAAAAAGGGUUGGGAAGACCGACGUAGAUUAUUGCUUGAGGAGCAGCUACUUAACUGUAUGUAAAGGAUGUAUUUAAGAGAAAGAGUGAAUUUAGAGACUUCUCCUAAUAGUGGAUUCAGAAACUUCUCUGAAGAAUUCGUUAGAUUUUCAUUAUUUCCCGGAAUGCUGAAGGAAGCAUAGGGAUACCAAACAGAAAUGCAAGGAAACCAAUAAAAUCUUUAGUGAAUAGAAA